ACGCACCGUAAAUUGAAGAGAAAGAGAACAGAACCGAAACUAGGGUACCUGUCCUGAAACUAGCUGAGUAGCUCGGAAUGGAAUCGGAAGGUAGUGAAGCUGACUGGAUCUAUGUAAACUUGUGUAGGUUACAGAAUUCUCCUGCUUGUAUGAUUCUCUCAACAAGCUUCCCAAUGGAAAGUUUGGGUUGGACCAUCAACAGAUCUUGGUGCCACAGGGGAAUCACAGUCCCUCCCUGGGAUGGAGGACAUCAAGUGUGAACCCCGGUCUCAUAUACCACUACCCCGCACACUGACAAACAAACACCCAGUCAUGUACCUGAACGAGUUACGACGAAACCUGACAUAUCAGCUGGUAUCGGAACAGGAAGUGGACAAAGAUAAGCUGUACACAAUGUCCAUAGAGGUGGAUGCGCAGACUUUCAAUGGUACAGCAAAGAGUAAAAAACUGGCCAAAAUGGAGGCAGCUAAACUGGCCCUGGAGACACUGUUUAAUGCUGUGUUUGUACCAGAUUUAGAAAAUCAAGUGAGUCAAAAAGAGGAGACAGCACAAGCACCAGAGGUCAAAGAUGAGUCUGGAUUAGAGGAGGAAACAGGCAGCAUGUUGGGAAAACGAAGGUUCCCAGAAAAUGGGACUCAGAUCAUCCUGAACAAGAAAAGAAAAUUGCAGAGUGCCCCCGUCACUAAGAACGCCCUGAUGCAGCUCAACGAGAUCAAACCAGGACUUGAGUUCCAAUUUGUGGCUCAAUCGGGACCGGUCCAUGCUCCAACUUUUAUCAUGAGUGUGGAGGUCAAUGGUACAAAGUUUGAAGGUCAGGGGCAGACCAAAAAAGCAGCCCGAUUAAAUGCAGCUGAGCAGGCUUUGAAGUCAUUUGUGCAGUUUCCUAAUGCAUCGGAAGCACACAAAGCGCUGGGAAGACAGGUUGUUAACGAUGGGGACUUCACCUCGGACAGUGCAGAGGCAACGAAUGAUGUCCUGUUUAACAACUUUGAAACAAAAUCUGAGAAUGGCUCUUCAGGUGAGGUGCUGAUGAAGGAGAAGAAUGGAGUUAGCAAUUUGCCAAAGGGUCGGAAAUCUGUGGUUCCCUCGGUGCCAGACGGAAAAAAUCCAGUAAUGAUACUGAACGAAUUACGGCCAGGACUUAAGUAUGACUUUGUUAAAGAACAUGGUGAAAGCCAUGCUAAGCAUUUUGUGAUGUCUGUUGUUGUUGAUGGAGUGAAAUUUGAAGGAUCUGGUCGCAAUAAGAAGCUGGCCAAAUCUAGAGCAGCACAGAUGGCUCUCACUAAACUGUUCAACCUGGAGUUUUCCACACAUCCAGGUACCAAACCAGUUCUCAAAGAGUCUCACACAAAUGUUCCACAAGAGCUGGCAGAUCUGGUGUCCCGUUCUGUUCUAGAAAAAUUCUGUGAAUUAACGGACAAUUUGACUUCAACCUAUGCUCGGAGAAAAGUUCUAUCAGGCAUCGUCAUGACAUCCAGUGACAGUGCAGACAGUGCAACUGUGAUUUCUGUCUCGACGGGAACCAAGUGUAUAAAUGGGGAGUACAUGAGUGACCAAGGACUUGCUGUCAAUGACUGCCACGCAGAGGUCAUUGGACGAAGGUCAUUGAUGAGGUUUCUGUAUUUUCAACUAGGAAAACAGUUGUCUGGGAAUCUUUUAGAGAAGGAAUCAUCCAUAUUUCAGGAAAAGGAGGGUGGGGGAUAUAAAUUGAAACCAAACAUUCACUUUCAUCUCUACAUAAGUACUGCGCCAUGUGGCGACUCGAGGAUCUUUUCACCUCAUGAGGCAGCUCAGGAAGUGGAGGGUGGAGAUAAACACCCAAACCGUAAAGCCCGGGGCCAGCUGAGGACGAAGAUUGAAUCAGGGGAGGGCACAAUUCCAGUGACCUCCUCGGGGGGCAUUCAGACCUGGGACGGGAUCCUGGAAGGAGAGAGGCUGCUUACCAUGUCCUGCAGUGAUAAAAUCGCACGCUGGAACGUCCUGGGAGUCCAAGGCAGUCUUUUGAGUCACUUCAUUGAGCCAGUGUACUUCGACAGCCUCAUCCUUGGAAGUUUGUAUCACGGAGAUCACUUAUCACGAGCAGUCUACUCACGCAUAUCAAACAUAGAAAACAUCCCUGCCCCCUUCCGUCACAAUCAGCCCUUCAUGAGUGGGAUCAGUAAUCCUGAGAGUCGCCAGCCCAGAAAAGCCCCGAACUUCGCAGUCAAUUGGUGUGUUGGAGACUCGGGGUUAGAGGUGAUCAACACCAUGACUGGGAAGACAGAACAGGGGGCAUCUUCACAAGUCUGUAAACAGGCUUUCUUUAAGAGAUUCCUACAUCUCUAUGGCAAAAUCUCUUCUUUCACCGGACAGUCUGUGGCCCAGCACCCACGGGCGUAUGCAGAUGCAAAAGCUGCGGUGAUGGAAUACCAAGCGGCAAAACAGCAAAUGUGCUUGGCUUUCCAGAGUGCAGGACUGGGACGCUGGCUUAAAAAGCCCAUAGAACAAGACCAGUUCUUGGAAUCUAGCUGAUGUCUGUGUAAUUCCAUGUCUUUGUAUACUUUAAAUGUUCAACAUGUCCAUUUAUUUUCCUUAGUUUACUGUGUGUGUUAUACUAAACAGUGCAUUUUGUGCUUUAGUUAAGGAUGGAUUUGAAUGGAAGAGAAUUGUCUAGAAUCCCAUGAUUUCUUUGCAACUGGGAGAGUAUGAGAGAGUUUACUGCACGUAUAUGUCAGUCUGUUUUGUAUUAUCGUCAUCAUAAUUACUAUGGUUUCAAUCACUCCAAGCAGUGAAAGUUAAAACAAAUCCCACGACAAAUUGAGAACAAUUUCCAUUUAUAGACAGCAUUCCCAAGACAUUUUUUGAUUUUAUAUAUUCCACCUCUUGUGUCAGUAUUGAGUGACUUCUAUGAAUUUAUAACUUUUAUGUUUAACUCAAGAGGAAAGCGAGGAGCUGAGAUCAAUGAACUUUUAGCUCACUUGAGCUUUUGUGAUCUAAGUGUGUCCGUAGACUGUCUGUGUGUCAUCUCUUAACGUUUCGCAUUUUUAAGUUGUACUAGUGAACCUUUAGGUUAAUUUCAACCAAACUUUCCACAAAGCAUUCUUGGGUGAAAGGAAUUCAGAUCUCUUCAAAUCAAAAGUGAUGCCUUCUUCCUAGGGGAGACUAGUAGGGAAAAGAACUGAAUCUGAUAGGAUGCUUGAAGGAGCUAAAACUUGAUUUAAAGUUAAAUUACAAAAUGAAAAUUCAAGUCUGUUCAAAUCAUAAACCAGUGGCUCCCACUGUAGGGUUCAGAGUUGUCCAUAGGAAUUCUGUAAAAAUCUUAUCAGUAACCACAUGUGUAAAUUAUAUCAAAGAAGAUGGGUAAACAAGGGGAGGAAAAUGCCUAUUCGUCAAAAUACUAUAAACAUAUUUUCUCUCAUAUAUAUUUUUUGGUGAUCAACUGAUAUUUGACAUUUUCAUUGUUUGACAAUAUAUUUAAAAAAAAUUAUAGUGAUAAUGUAGAAUGCAUUAGCCACCAAAAAUUAUGAAAAUAAAAGAGAUAUUAGAUACAUCAAACCCAUUAUCUAGUUUGAAAGGUUCUACAUACAAAUCACCUUUGUGUCCAGAGGUUUAGACCACUUGACCAAUUGUCCUGCUUUCAGUAUUCAUGGGGAUCUAAAUCACAUAUGAUAUACCGUCUUCAUAGUUAGGAACUUUGAAUAUUUUUACAAAACACUAUUAUUUUGUAUAAGAUUUUUACAUCUUUCAUCUACAGUGGGUCAUUGCUCCAACUUUUUGAACAUUGAAAAAUGUAUGUUUUUAGUUUUUCUGUAAGUAUUUGAUUACAAAAAAAAAUGGAGAGUCAAUCCUGCACACAUGUUCUUUGACAAUUUUUACUGUGUUUUCAUUUUCACAUUCCAAUAUUUCAAAUAAUUUAAUUGUUUGAAUGUUUCAUUUACAACUUAUGGUAGAUAUACAUACUUUAGAUCUAAUGGACAAAUUCUAACUCUUUUUGAAAGUUAUUUUAUUUUUGUCUUUCCUAUCCACCCUUUCGUAGGCACUUCUCUGGCCUUGUUCACCCAUCUUCAUUAUAUGUAAACAUUAUCUAAGUUUGUUCACAGGAUGACCCCCGAAUCUAAGGUGGGAUCCGUAAAUGAGGUUCAAAGUAUAACAUAGAAUGGUAUAGCACAAUUCUUUAGAAAAUAUUCGUCAGAACCACAUGGAUACAAUUUGUCAAAUUGAUACGCAAACGUCCUCAUCUAGUGUAGGUACAAAGACCAUGGGGCUCAGAUGGGGUUUUACUGGAAUGCAAAUUAUCAAACUAGUAUGCAAGCACCCUCAAGUAGUGUAGAUUUAAGUUUGUUUUUCUGUGUUCAGGGCGAGGUCACAAUGGAGGUUUCAAGGUUUAUAUUGAAAAACUGCUUUGAAAAUCUUAUCAAGAACCACAUGGGUACUGUUUGUUGAAUCAGUAUGCAGUGCAGAUGAUUCAUGUUUGUUCACAUGUGACCCCCAAGGAAUCUGGGUGGGGCCAUGAUGGGGGUUCAAAGUAUAUACGUGGUAGGAAAAUUCUUUGAAAACUUCUGGAGAACCAUAAGCAAUCAGUUAGUUUAAUUGUUAUGUAGACACCUCCGUGUAGUGUAGAUUUUAAUAUAUUGUAUUAAGACAUCUGGAUGGGAUCACAAUGGGGAUUUAAAGUUUUACAUGGAUCACAUGCAUUAAGGGGGAUAGACAUAUAAUCAAAAAUGUUUUUGGCAAUAAAUUCAUGCAUGUCACUAAAAGUAAUAAUGAAAUGAUAGAAUCAAAGUUAGGGUAUUCAUACUGUGUUUUUUUUAUUAUGAAAAUAAGUCUUUGAAAAUGCAGAUUUUGCAAAGUAAAAUAUAGAAGAUUCUGAAGGGUAGAAGUAUUCUACAGGAUUCGAAUAAGCAAAAAAUCUUUCUCAUUAGAUCUCUGGUUGGUAAUGCCUCUGGAGUCCUGACUACCAAAGCACAUACCCCCUAGGCAUUUAAAAAAACCAACUGAACUAUAAAACAUGAAUAAGGGGCAGGUCACUCAACUGCUAAAAACUCUUCUGUAUUUUCAUUUGUCAGCCCUCAAGGAAAAUUUGUUGAUAGUCUUCUUAAGGACCAUACAGUUUCAGUUUGUGAAAUAAAUAUGAAAGCAUCCUCAAAGUUUGUUCACACUGACACCUGGGCUGAGGGUGGGGUCCGAAUAGGGGUUUGAAGUAUAUACGAAAACUUUUACAGUCAAAUCUCAUUAUCUCGAAAUCAAUGGGGCCCCAAGAAAAAAACUUUGUGACAUUCAAGGGUUUAAGAUACUUGUGUUGAAAUACAUAAAAAAAUGUAGUUGGGACUUCCAACUCGCUCAUAUCCGUGGUAUUUGAGAUAUCAAUGUUUGGAAUACCGAAAGUUAAUUGCUACAUUAUAUGUUUGCAUAUAGGAAUACAGGGAAAAAAAUUCAAAGGAAUUUAUAGAAACACUCUUUCAAAAUCUUCAAGAUCCACAAAGGUAUACUUUUUGAAAUCAGUGUGCAAACAUCCUUCUGUGUAUAUAUAUAUAUAUAUAUAUAUAUAUAUAUAUAUAUAUAUAUAUAGUGUAAAUUCAAUUCUGUUCACACCCAGCACCCCCCCCCCCCCACACACACACACACACACACACACUGGUUUAGAGCAGAACCACACAAGAGGGGGCCAUAAUUGAAAUUUAAUAAUUUUAUUUAUUUUGGGGGGGGGGGGGGUUCAGAUGAGUGAUGGGGUUCUUGUUAUUUUUGAGAAUUGGUGCAACGAGUAUCAAUUAUUUUAAAUGUAGUUUGUUUUUGUUUUUGUAAGUAAAAAUCACUACUUGUGGGUGACACAGUGAAUAUUUUGUCGAAAUCCAGACUGUAAAUAUUAUGGGAGAAUAAUGACCUGCUGCAAUGAUUCGUACAAUUUUCAGGAAGUCGCAUUUAUUGCCAAGACAGUGCGUAUUAUUGAAAUGGUGUACAAUUUUUUUUCUCAUGAACAAAAAUAUUGUGAAGACAGUAUGUAUGGUUUAAGCUGAUGUUGUAUAUUUGAAAAAUUAUAUGAUCAUGUUGAAACAUUAAUUGUGAAGAAUGGUGUUGUCCCUUCUUCAUAUGCAUAUAAUGCUUUGGACAAAAUGUCAACCAUAUGAACACAAGAUUUUAUGUUUCCAUACUGUUUUGUCUGAAUGUUAGAUGUGGCAUUACAUUCUGUAGUGAAAUGACUGUGAACUCUGAGUAAAGUAUGAAAACCUGCUCA